GUCCGUGUACUUUUGCAUCUGUUAAUUUUUUCCUUUUUAACCAUGACAAGAAAAAUAAAAUAUGAAUGGCUGUUCUAUUUUUAAAAUGCAAUGUUAAUGGUACAAAUUUUAAUUAGAACUGUAUUCAGAACAUUCUAACAAAAUAAAUAUUGGGUUGAUCUUUUUCACAUUUUCUAGGUUGAUACAAGCACUGGGGACCCAAUUAUAGCACUUAAACAUGGAAAAAGUCAGAUUUACAUACUAUGACCUCUUUAAGGCAGAGUAAUGAAUAUGUUAUUUGCAUUUUGCACAGGAAUAAAAAUCGGAUUAAUAUCUGUUUAGCUAAGACUCAUUUUUGUGGUCGAAUGCAACUGGACGGUUUUAACAAGUCUAUCUAUAGUUAUCUGAUCAGAGAAGUGACCUCGUGUAAGGCCCUAUAAUGACUGCUGGAAUAAAAAAAAAGUUAAAUAAUGUGAAAAAAUAUAGUAAACAGGACAUUCUUAAAUGUAACUUGGUGAGAAAACUGGCAAAAUAAUUAGGGAAAUCAAAAAUGUUUAAAUUAUUCGGUUGUUCGGCAUUCGGCUGAGUUUUUCAUUUUAUUGAGCUUCGGACAAGAAUUUUCCUUACAUUGCAUCCCUAUUUCUUUUUGUAAGAAGGCAUUUGAUAAAAAUUCAGUCAAAUUAGAUGAAUUGAGACGUUGGAUCAAAGAACGGAGGGAUUAAAACACUGUUAAUAGAAUUUUGUGAGUAAUAAUAAAGACAAGAGAAUAAUAAUUAUACGACCAUAAUCAGGCUGAAUAGGUGUUAAUGGGGGUCCCCAAAACCUUAAUCCCCCUGAUUUAAAUAAAAUAAAAUUGUGAUUGAUACAUGAGAAACAGAUUGUGAAUGUUUUACUGACAUUAAAUGUUUUAAUGCCUCUUUUUUCACCUUUAGUUCACACCCAUAGAGUGAAAGUGAUUGAGACCUUCAGUGAAGCUCCUCCUACAACAAUCCACCAAUAAAUGCUGGAGUCAAACACAGAGAGAAAUCACUCCAUGUGUGACAACUGAAAUCUUCAUGACAUAAUGUUGAUGCUGGUGAAAGAGGAGCUUGAGAAGAUGACAGAUCCACAACCAUGCAGAAUAAAGGAUGAAGAUACUGAGGAACAAAUAGAUUUGAUGGACGUGAAAGAGGAGAGUCAAGCUGAAGAGGACGAGAAACAUCAGAUUGUAAAAAUAAACCAUAAUAUUUCACAGAAAGAAACUCUGAAGACAGAAGACAUAAAGUGUGAAAAUAGUUUCAGUGAAGAUGAACGCCCUGCAGAUCACAAGAGGACUCACAGUGAGGAGAAACCUUUCACAUGUCAACAGUGUGGAAAGAGUUUUGCAACUGCAGGUGACCUUAAGAAACAUUUGGGAAUCCACACUGGGGAAAAACCUUACAAGUGUCAUCUAUGUGGAAAGAGUUUCACCUUUCAAUCAGGCCUUACAAAGCACAGGAAAAUUCACAAGGUGAAGCCACACGCCUGCCAUUACUGUGACAAGAGUUUUCUAUAUACAGGUCAACUUCAGAUACACAUGAGAAUUCACACCGGAGAGAAACCUUACACGUGUCAUCUGUGUGGAAAGAGUUUCAGAACAAAACCUGAAAUUAAAGAACACAUGAGGGUUCACAAUGGAGAGAAACCACAUCCAUGCCAUCACUGUGGAAAGAGUUUUAUAACUGCAGGUAAACUUAAGAUACACAUAAGAGUUCACACUGGAGAGAAACCUUACACUUGUCAUCUGUGUGGGAAAAGUUUCAGAGUUAAAAGUAACCUUAAGAUACAUGAAAGAAUUCACACUGGAGAGAGUCCGUUCACUUGCCAGGAGUGUGAAAAAUGUUUCAGAAGUAAUAGUUGCCUUAUAGCACACAUGAGAAUUCACACAGGAGAGAAACCAUAUGUGUGUUUUCAGUGUGGAAAGUGUUUCAGUUUGGAGUUUCACCUUAAGAGACACAUGAUGAUUCACAGUGAAAAGAAACCUCAUGCAUGUCCUCAGUGUGAAAAGAGUUUCAGAGAUAAACAUGGACUUGAGGCUCACAUGAGAAAUCACACUGGAGAGAAACCUAACAAAUGCUCUCAGUGUGAAAAGAGUUUUACAAGUGAAGGCGCUCUUAGAUCACACAUGAAAGUUCACACUGGAGAAAAACCAUUCACAUGUCAACAGUGUGGAAAGAGUUUUAAAAUGAAUCGUGACCUUAGAAGACACAUGAUAAUUCACACAGAAGAGAAACCAUACGAGUGUCAACAGUGUGAAAAGCGAUUCAAGGCAAAAUAUCAACUUACUGUACAUUUGGUCACUCACACUGAAGAGAAACCGUUCACAUGCCAUGAGUGUCAAAAGAGUUUAAAAACAAAAGCUGCCCUUAACAAACACAAGAGAAUCCACACUCGAUAAAAACCAUUCAUGUGUCAACAGUGUGGAUAUGGCAACAAAGUUUAGAAAUCAGCUGAGGUCUUAUUAAUAAAACUGUCUGGAGGAUCCUUACUAAAAGUCUACAUGUGCACAAAAGCCCAAAAAUGGCGUACGGCAAAAAAGAUUUAGGCCGUUUCUCAAUAUGUGUUCAUGUCUGUACUUGUGUUCUUGUGGACUUGUGAAACGUCGUCAGUCGCGGCCCAAGUACUGUUCCAAUUCCAAGUUUACAUCAAGUUAAGUUUACCUAACAUCCCCAGCUGUGUUCUUGAUCCGCUCAUUUUAUCGAGGAUGCAUCAGGAGGUGACUUUUUGGACUUACGACAUCCAUGUUUCCCAGAAUGCAUUUCACGUCAACGGCAAUGAAGUUUAAAACCCACACAAUAUUUGAAAUAUUAUUCUUUCUGUGUCAUAAAAUGUAGCCGUUUAGUCGAGAAUAUAGAUGAAUAAACUUCAAAUCUGUGGUCAGUUAGUAAAGAUAGGACCUAAUAUUAACAUUUCCUCUGAUGAUUUUGGAUAUGUGAUUUCAAGUUGAUCAGCAGUAUAUAUAGGGCAAUAUAGUGCAUCUAACUGGCAUUUUUUUGGUCUCAUCAAUUUAUUUCUCUUAAUUAUUCAUAUAAAGUCUGUUAUUUGUUAUUAUUGUUUUAACCAGUAUUAAAGUUAAGUUUCAUAACUUAAAUCACAUAUAUUUUCUAUAGAAUCUGAACACUGAAUCACUGUCUUUGUACUGUAACUAGAAUUUUUUCAUGUGUUUACUUCAUGUUGAACAAAAGUUUUUUUACAUUUAAUGAAUGGUUUUAUAUCAAAUUUCAUUUAGUAAUAAAUACGAGCGAGAGUCUUUUGUAUGUAACAACAAAGAUGCGAUGAAACAACGCAAAACAAGAGAGGCUGCGUUUGUUAAACCACAUAUAAAUUAAGAUGCAUACAAAAGACUCUACACUUUAUGUUAAAAGGUUUACUAAAUAAAAAACCUAAUCAAUCUUUAUUAUUUUGCAGACUUUGUUAUGUACAACACGCUAUUGGUGGUAUCACCUGUUACAGAUUCAAACAUAUUGCUAUCCUAGUUUGUUUUGAUGUAAAAGAUUUAUCAAGUAAAUCUAAAACACUUUGCAUUGUUGUUUUAAACAGUUAGUACUACCUUUAAGAGUUUGACAAGGUGUUACAUAAACUACAGAAAUGAAACCAUCUGUGUUCAUAAAACAAUCACAGAUAUAUGUUGUCACGUACAAAAGAAAACAAGACGACUGUUAUAAGUAUAAUAUUGUCUGUGCAGAUACAACUAAGAACAUCUGAUGAGUUUACAAAAUCUCUGUCAUUAGUUGACACUAGCGAAGAAUUUUUUGAACGAGUGUAUGAAUAGACAAAAGUGUGUAGCCUAGCUAAGUUUGAAAAGCAAAUGUUUGUUUAAGAAAUACAUGUGUAAGUAACAUCUGAUGAAUUUACAAAAUCUCAGUCAUUAGUUGCCACUACCAAAUAAAAACUAUGAACAACUUCUGAAAAGACAAACGUAUGAACUCUGCCUAAGUUUGAAAAGCAACAUGUUUGUUUAAG